AUGGAUUGUGACAACGAAAAUCAUAUAGAUUUUGAAAAAGAAGUUGAGGAGUUCACAAAGUUUAACUAUGUAGAAAAGAUAGAAAUAAUAUCAAACUAAACUGACUAAUGUGAAAUGAUAUUUACAACACUAGAAAAGAAUGUCCUCCAUUUGAAAUGCUGCACCUAAGAAGGAAUUAUUGUAUUACCAGAUAGCAAACCUUGUCUUGAGCAGACUCGUUUUGAAUCAUUUGAUAUUUUAUUAUCUCAAUAUUCGCCUUUAUACAAUUAAAAAUUCAAUAAUGAUUUAAUAAAUAAGCUACAAAUAUUAGCACAAAAUUAAGUAGAAGAUGAAAAUUGA